GCGCAUGCAUGCCCUCCCGUCAGCCUUCGUAUGAGGCCCAAAGGAAACAAGCAGAUUCACCAAGAUUCGAACUCCAUAUCUGCCAUCAAAAUCAGCAAGACAGAAAUUUGAACCCACGACUGGCUUUCCUACCAUCACAUACAUGACCUUAGUCCCACUGUGUGACCUUCGCCCCGCCCUCCCCUAGCUGCCUGACACCACACGCCACCAGCUGUGCUUCAGUUCCCCUGUGUCGCUCGUCCUGUAGAGCUCUCCAUGAUGGCGAACGCUUCGGUGGUGGUGCUGGUGUUGGCACUGUUGUCAGGGGGUGUCACAGCGUGUGGCUCGGGGUCCCAGCAGCCUCGCCGACCUGUUCCUGUGGCAACCACGCCGGCGCCCGCCCCCGGACUCUGCUCCGGAGUGGCUCUGCUGCACGGCACUGCCUCAGACGUCCGGCGAAGCGUAUUACGUGAACUGUGCCUCAGGGUCCACCAGCACGUGCACCUCAAGACAUCGCAGCGCUCAACCUCCAACCCCAAGCAACAGCCAAAGCGCACGGAGCAGGCGGCGGCGCUGAACCUCCACCGCGACAGCUUCAGCGAUCAGGUCAGGUGGGAAGCGGGUGAAGCGAGUGACGUCAUCAACACGGCAAACUGGUACGUGGACGCGGAGGUGCCGCUGAGCAAUGGUUACACUUGGUACCAAAAUGGCCUGCCCUUGUGGCCGCUGCUGGACCAAGCACUAACACAGAAGGAGACCGUCCUGGCCAAGAAGAAAAAACUCAACUGGCCCAAUUAUGCAAUCGCGACGCCACUGUACAUCGCGCCCCUGGAAGCUUCCAACAGCCGCGAUCUCGCCAUCUCCGUCAGGAAGCUCUUCGCUGGGGACACUGCCAGGCCCCAGCAACAGAGCGCCAGCCAGAACGCCUUCGCCAACAGCAAUAAAUUCCAGUCCACCGUUCUGGAUUUCGUCAAAGACCAUUUCCAAGACCAAUUCGGUUACACGCGUUCGGAUAUCGGUCAGACCUUCGGCGAGACCGGGCAGUGGAUCCAGCCGCUCGUAAAGCAAAGUCUGCGCCCCAUGUUGGAAUCCUUCAUGAAGAGGCAGAAGACUCGAGCGCCAAAGAGCAGCGAUAUAGCGACGUGUCCCGAUGAGGUAUACUUAUUCUUCCUGCAGAAACCGUGCGCGACGGCCUCGGCCUGCCAGGUCAUCCUCGAUAUCCAGCAAGAACUGAGAGUCACCAACUGCGUCAACACCGACGUUGUGGUCGGUUACACCACAGCAAGAUCCGCGUCCCAUGGCUAAGAGCUGUGACCGCGACAGAGAUGCACUUGCUAGAAUAGGCUUUGGAUAAUCUUAAUUUCGCAUACGUAACAGUUUGUUCUCUCAUUUAAGUAUCAGAUCAUAGGGCUGCAUACCUAUC